GUUGAUGCGGAAUAGCGGAAGCGCUUGAUACGAAUUGUUGACGUGCUGCAAUGAACUUGUGCAAAACUUCUAUGUAUAUACUGCAAAUUUAAAUCAAUUGUGAUUCAAUUGGAUAUAUUAACUCUUCUAACGUCAACGGUGUUGAGCAGUAGUAAUUAUAAACGGAACUAAAACUAAAGUUAGUUCCUUAUUGCUACGUUCAGCAGAUAACUGACGGUCUUAAUGAUGGACAAAGAUGCAGCAGUUCUACAGGGAGCUUUUCUCCUGGCUAACAAGCUGUGUCUCCCUGCAUCCCUGGUCUCACUUCAGAAAGGUGACUGGAUCCGAGUGGAGCGUCCUGUCCUGGAGGCAGUCAGAGAAGUCUGUAGACAAUAUGAAUCUGAUGAUUGUCCUACCACAAGGUCCACCUGCUGGAAAAAGAAGAUAGUUUGUGUUGUGUGGCUGAAGCUGCUGUGCAGGGAAACAGGAAGAGAUGUGGAGGAGGAAUGGAGGGAGAACCCAUUUUUCGCUCUACAGAACGGCUUCCCUGACGUCAGCCAUACUGUCCUGUUAGAAGUGGUGAAGUCAACAGCAGCAGCAGAUAUUUUUGCGCAGUUCCUUCUGCGCCUUCCACAGUUUGAGAUCAGCGCUGAGCUUGAAAGAGUGAUCCAACAUGUGAAGAGCAGUCCCACAGGAGAAGAUGAUAUCCAGGUUUUCCUGGAGGUGUGGUGGGAACUGUGGAAGGGCAGUGAUGAACAGGAAGCAGGAGGCGACAACAGCAUAGAGACAAUGUUUGCUAACCAGUUUAGUCGUCUGUCCUCUAAGUCCUCUGGUCUGUCACCUCAGGCUGCCAAGAGGUUAAAACUGGACACAUUAGAUCAGCAAGCAUCAUCACCAAGCCCUGAUGUUCUGCACAUUCUCCUUUAUGCACUCAAAGACAUGAAAGAUCAGAUAUUGUCAACAAAUCUCUGCCUUCAAGCCCUCUCCAUUUCUCUAGAUUCAAUUUACACCUCCUACCUAAUAGACCAAGAAGUUCAACUUUCACCUGAAGAGAAGAUGCUCAUUCUGUUAAAAGUCAUCAGCACUAAAGAAAAAAAUGAGAAGUUAAGCCCUGAACGUAUUCGACAGGCUCUGAGAGAUUUACAUGCUUCUCACACACCCUCUCAGUUCCAACCCUGCCAGAUGAAGCUUGAUGAAGCCUUUAGGGUUAUAACAGAGCUGGCUCAGUUUUGGAUUAGCUCUGGACUGAUGAAAGGAUGUGACAGCAGUAUUCCUAGUUACUCUGCAUUAAGAUUACAACAAAGUGUCCAGAGAGUCCUCACAGCCUUCGAUGAAGCAAAGGUUUCUGCCCAGGAAUCUGAGAAGGAUCUGCUCAAAGCAUUGCUGGAUUUACUGGCUUUUCCAGCCAUAGAGAUCAACCCUGAAGUAUACGUAGAAGUCGCCACAAUCAUCAUCAGCCAGCGUUUGGAGGAUUACCAGAACUUUGCAGUGUUAUUUGCCCGAGAGACGUCAUGGGCCACUUGUGACGAGCGCUGGCUGGACUGUGUGCAGAAAAACCAAGCAGCCUUCCUACAGCAUGACACGCUCAUCAACCUGACCUCCACACUCAUGAAUAAACUCCACACCGAGAGCUCAGAUGUGAUUCACUGCCGGAAGCUGAUGAAAGUGAUUGCAGAUAUUUUUUCUGCACUUUCAUUGGAGGACAAGAACAAAUCUUUGACUGCUAUGCUAAGACUAUCCUCUAGAGGAUUCUUUGGAUGCCCUGUCCCCUCAGCUGUGUCUGACGGGUUUGAACAGGAGCUCAAUAUGGCCUUUAACUGCAUCAUACAAGGAGGUGCAACAUCACAUGGUAAUCUGAUUACAGCAGCCUCUUUGGUAGCAAGAGUAGCUUUUCAGAACCCUGAGGCAGCUUUGAGGUCAUGUUGUCAUUCAGCCAUUUUCAACAAGGGGGCUUUUUCUCUAAUGGCUAAGAUCCUGCAGCAGCUGCCUGGGCUCAGCGGACAGAGUGUCAAAAAGGCUAAAGCUUCAAGUAAUGAAACAAGAAAAGAAGAGACUAAUGAGGUGAAGGAUGAUCUGAAUGGUGGAAGUUUACUCUGCUGGUGUUUACAAGAGACUAUCAAAACCAAAUCACUGUCAGAUGGUGAAAAGGAGCAGUUUCUGAAGUUUCUGAGUCUGCUGAUGAUGCCUGUAAUUACAGUGGAGGGAGAAGAAUGGAGGCAAAGUUUUGUGCCACCCCAGGAGGUUGUGAACGUCUUCGUCCUGCCUAACAUUUCUCUUGUGGGGCACAGCCCCUUUGACACAGAACUGAGCAUUCAGCUUCUUCACACUGUUUUGUGUGUGGACAUUCAGGAAGCAGCUUCUUCUCAUCACUGGGUGCUGGACUGCUCACCAUUUCCAUUGCUUUACAUCCUUGCCCAGCUACAGGACCAGGCUCUUAGGAGUUGGGAACAGCCAGCAGAGAGCACUGUCCACCACUGGUCCACAGACACCAAGGAGUUGCUGGUGUCUGUGCUGGCAACAAUGGGGCAGUUGGUGGCUGCAGAGGUGGCGGCAGGCUCCAGCAGCUGGUCCAGAGCCCUGUUCUGGCUCUACAACAAGAUGGAGGAUCUGGACUGGACAGUAAGGUUCCACCUGAAGCCUUUGUGGGGGGAGCACUUUAAAAACGAAGUUCCCUCGUCUCUGCUCACUGUGUGUGAUCUACCUGAGCAGGAGUGGUCUUGUUUAGACCUGCCUCAGUACGGACAGGGCACAGGGCUUCUGGCCUGGAUGGAGUGCUGCUCCAUAUCAGACUCCCUGCAGUCCACCAUGUUGUCCUGCCUGUCUCUGGACCAGCAACGGACUGACCACGUCAACAUGUUCAGCAAGGGUCUGCUGGUGGCUCUGACUCAGAUCCUGCCCUGGUGCUCCAUCUCUCAGUGGUCCAGGCUGUUGGUAGCCCUGAGGGAUCUGAUCACUUCUGGUCGGCUCCAUGUUCCUUUUUCACUUGAGUAUGUGGACUAUCUGCCUCUCCUGGAUCUGAGGAGGUUUUCCUGCGAGCUCCGCCUCUCAGUCCUGCUGCUCAGAGUGUUCCAGCUGCUCUGUGGGUCCAGCUGCUCACACUGGCUGUCAGCAAACAGCUGGGCACAUGUAGGCAGGUUAUAUGCCCACGCUGUGAGGGAUGUGAUGAGCUCAGUAAGAGCCAAACUGCCUCUUCUUUCAUCUCCUGCUUCAAGUGUCUGUGCUUCAACCCCCCCUAAACCAACAGCAAAAACAGAUUCAGAUUCUCCUUGCACUUCAGUCAAAGCUUCCAAGACGUCUCUUGAAGAAACAGGAAGUACUCCUUUAAAAUCAAAAGACUCCAAAGAGGAAGUGGGAGCAGUUCCCAGCCAGGAGGUCCUUUUUGUUCUCAGUCAGCUGUACUGCCACGUUCAGCACAUCCAGGUGAUGAUGCCAGGAGGCCAGUGUGAACAGCUGUUCCUGUCUAGUCUGGAGAUCCUCAACCACUACAAAGCCAUCUUGUCCACAUUUCCAGAGAGCAGCAGUCCACUGGAGAGCGACAACACCCGGCAUUUCUUCUCCACCAUCACAGACAACUUGGAGAACCAGGAGAUGAAGGCGGCACUGCAGCAGAAGAUCGCUCAGCUCAUAUCAUCAGCUGCAUCACACAAACAAAUAAUUCCCAUGCAGUAAAAAGCUACAGUUGAGGUUUGGUGAUAAGUAAGAAACAGAAAGGUCCAUCACAAAUAAAACCAUUUUACUGCA